CUCCCCUCCGCGCGCGGAGGCCCGCGCGAGGCCGCUGCGAGGGGGGCGCUGGCGGCGGCCCCCUGCAGCGGGGAGGCGCACCGCUGCGGCCAGGCGCGGGGCGCACACUUGCGCCGCGGGCGGGCGCCGGCAGCGGCCGGGUCCCCAGACCCCCUCGCGCCAUGAAGGAAGCAUGGUGCCCAUCAUGGCGGGAGAUUGUUCGCCAUCUUCGGCCUCUCGGGGCCCUCGCCGGGCCUCGGGGCGAAAAAAUGGUCCCGGGGAAUGGGUCGAGACCUCUGGCGGUCGACGUCAGGAGCAGAUCACGACCUCGGGGGUCUGGGUCGGGCACCCCGCAGCCACGGAGAGGGCGCGCGCGGAAAGUGCACAGAGUCAAACAAAUGUCACACUGCUGAGAAAAUGGACUUCACUCUCCCAGCGUUUCCUGACAAAAACAGCAGCCAAAAAGUUCCAGAGAGACAAAAGUUCUGCGACAAAAAUGCUCCACCCUCCCAAAUGGAAUCCGAGCAGGGCGGGGUCGGAAGAUCGCGCCGCAUCGCCGAUGCAUCCGCGACGUCGGCGAUGCAACCGCGACGUCGGCGUGGAGAAACAUCGGCGGAGCACAAAGCAGCGUGGCAUCAUGCAUCUGCACAGCCGGCCUCGGCGACAGCAGAGCGAUGCGGCGAGCGCGUCCGCGGCCGUCGCACGCGAGUCGCACGGGAUCAUCGCGGGGAGGGAGCUCGGCGACAGCACGGCGGAAGCACCAGCGCACGGUCUGCACAGAACUGGCCCGCUCUGGAAAAGCUGCCGCCGCAACGGGAACCCCUAAUUGAGCAGGCCUCGAGCGAAAACGAGGCGCCUGGAUAGGACCCUGCGCCUCGGGGCACAAAAAACACAAUGCAGGAGGAGGAGGAGGAGGAGGAGGAAGACGAGGAGGAGGAGGAGGAAGAGAAGGACGAGGAGGAGGAGGAGGAGGAGGAGGAGGAGCUCAGCCAGCCUCGGACACCUCAGACCCUCGCACACACGACCCUCGAAGCGACCCUCGGGCCUGCGGCUCAGCCUGCGCCUGCGAUCCGGAUGCGGCCCGCGAGUCCGCCGACCCCCGUGGGGGGCACCGGAGC